AUGAAAGCAGAACAGAUCUUACAGCGACUGUAUUACGAUCCCAAGACAGGGUAUGGGGGAGUCCAGGCGUUGUAUCGUCAAGUGCGUCAAUUAGGACACAAGAUUACCCUGUCUCAAAUUCGAGAAUGGGUGAAAGCUCAAGAUACCUAUACCUUGCAUAAACCGAUACGGAGGAAAUUCAAGCGACGACAAACACGAGUGACGGAUAUGGAUGAACAAUGGCAAUUAGAUUUAGCCGAUGUCUCCAGCUUGAAACAAGACAAUAAUGGGUAUACGUUUUUAUUAUGUGCCAUUGACGUGCUGUCUAAAUAUGCCUGGGUCGUGCCUUUAAAACAGAAAACGGGGAAAGAAAUGAUACGAGGCUUACGACGGAUUUUUCGAGAGGGACGUCGCCCCGUGCGCAUUCAGUCCGAUCAAGGAAAAGAAUUUACCAAUAAAGAAUUUCGUCAAGCCUUCAAAUCCAUUCAUUUCUUUACGACCCGUAAUGCCGAAACCAAAGCCAGUAUUGUGGAACGUUUUCAACGCACGCUGAAAGCACGUAUGUGGCGGUAUUUUACACGUCAUAAAACACGACGGUAUGUCGAUGUCUUGGCCGAUCUGGUGUAUGGUUACAAUCAUACCUAUCAUCGCAGUAUCCGGCGAGCUCCUGCUCAAGUCAAUGCCAAGAAUGUCUUGACCGUAUGGAAAACCUUGUAUGGAAAACAGAGUGCCGAUACCACGAGUCGCUUGCAAGUGGGGGAUCGUGUACGCAUUAGUAAAGCUAAACGUACGUUUGAAAAAGGAUAUUUACCGAAUUGGACCAAAGAACUGUUUACCAUCUCUAGAAAAGUGCCAGGACGAAACGUCUAUCGCAUUCAAGAUGAUCACGGGGAAGAAUUAGAAGGAACGUUUUACGAGAAGGAAUUACAACAAUUCACCAUGGUUAAGCCACAGUACGCCUGGAAACAAGAGGGGAAGAAAAGUACCUGGUUCUGGGAUAAGCAGAUGUGUUUGAUGCAUUGUAAACAACACAAAGUGUUAGAUCAACCGGUGUACUUGUACAAACGGAUCGUGAUACCUCACGGAUGGUCAGCCUUUAUCAUGAAGACCAAGUAUCAAGAGUUUCGUUGGAAAGUCAAAGCCUUCUGGGGAUUGAUGGGACGACAAGACGAAUCCGAUUGGACCUUAAAUGAGAGUCCUUGGUUUGACCAUUCCGAGGACUGUCUCCGACAUUUUAAAGACAUGAUCAAUGAAGGUUAUGAUGUAGCCGAUUGCUGGGGAACCUGA